AUGAUCCUGACUGAAGGUAUGGCAAGAAAAGGAGGUCCUUGUCAGCCCGGGAGACUGCGGCGCCGAUGUUUUAUUGCUAUGACUGCAUUUGCGGAACAACCGUUAGAGAUGAGGUGCGCUGGAGACACACGUGUAGUCCGGGUUGUAGGCAAGUCCCCUGCUGCGAGCAUGUUAUUGCUGGACAAAAGCCCCUGGAUCUCGCUUGGGAUCGCCGACGACGACGACAUCCCUUGCACGUAUGAAUGGACGACCAAAGAACCUUCUCUUCCCCCCAUCCCUCUCUGGGUUUCACUUGAUCGAUUCGGGCCUGACAUUGAACGGCCCGUAGCCAAAACCGGUACAUCUGAGUUUGGGGUGCAGGAGUUCGAGGGCGCUCCCGUCUCUGAAGCAACCCUUUUUAGUCGCUUGAUGCGUGGAUUUGUUCUACACCCCAAACAGCGUGGAGUACCCUAG